GAAUCCCAGAGGCGAAGAAGAAGAAGAAGACUCAAGCCAGUCAAAUGUGCAAUGUGUGUUCGCAGUUUCCCUCUAAACACAGAUGCCAUGGCAUGGCCUGGGUGUGUACAGUCUGCCCAUCGCUAGAGAUGACUAUGUAAAGUGAAGCGAGCCUUGUUGCGUCGCCUCCAGCCAUGACUCAGAUCAGCGACCCAAAGAUCGCCUUCGCCUACCUGCGCCCGGCCUGCGUCCUGCUUACUCGUGAGCCCACUGUGACCAAUGUGGAGAUGCUGGGGGCCCAGCUGAGAGAUGUCAGCGAUGCCACCUUGCAGCAGCUUCAGGAAUACGUCCUCUUCCCCCUCCGCUUUACCCUCAAGGUCCCCGGGCCCAAGAGGGAGGGCCUGGUGCAAGCCGUGACCGAGGCCAUGAGUUAUGUCCUGGAGAAUACCUGCGUUCAGAGCUGGGAGACCCUCCGCGACCUCUUCUCAGAGCUCUGCCUCUGCCUGUGCUCUCCAGCUGAUCCAGGGAAACCUGCAGCCACAUCAGAGGAGCUGAAACUGUCCGUGUUGAAGUCCCUUGACGCCCUGCUUCACUCUGCAUACGGGGAUAUAGUGUUCAAACUUUAUGAGCCGGUCAUGCUGCCAGGUCUGGGAGCUGCCAUAUCACUGCUUCUUGCUCUUGGAGAGCAGGAGAAAUGUAGAAGUGUACAGGCAGCCGCCCUGAAGUGCCUCCAGGCUUUGACUCUGCAGUGUGACUGCACUCGGGACCACGUGGUCCCAGCAGCAGAGGACGAGUGUGUUAUAGGCAGCACCAUGGCUUCAUUCUUACCUGGGGUCACGAUGGCUGUAGCCAGGAUUAUUACAGGAGACAUGAGACAGGGUCACGCAGUCACAGUCAGGGCCAUCAAGGUCUGGUCCCAGACGGUGGGACUUGUCAUGGACGACGUGCAGUUGCAGGCUUGCGGGCCCGGGGAGGCGCCGUCUCCAGACCUGGGCAGGGUGGGUGCGCUGGUGGUUCAGCGGACACAGGAGUGGGCGAAGAGCACCUCGGGGAGGCUGGCUGUGCUGCUGAAGAAGAUCAUCUCGUGCACGUCCGCCCACCAGCACUGGAGGGUGAGGCUGGAGACGGUGGAGCUGGCCGACCACCUGCUGGCCAGGUGCAGCCAGUCGCUGGGAGAGUGUGUGGGGCCACUGCUGGAGGCACUGGUGGGGGCCAUUAAUGACGAGGAGCCCAGAGUCAGAGAAAGGUGUGAGCUUGCUCUGAGACAGAUAUCCCAGAGGAGCCAGAGGCCCAGCGGAGGGGUCGACUCUGCCACCAAAAACAGCAGCAGUAGUCAGACUUUCACUGAUGUCCUCUCAGAAAACCUCCAUGCUUUAGCCACCUCCCUGCCCAGACUCAUGAGGACCUCUGACGACCAGAAGAAGCUGUUUGUCCUGAAUGUCUUCCUGGGCUACCUAAAGGUCCUGGGACCCCUGGUCUCUGUGGUCCUGAACUCAGCUGCACACCUUGAGAGGAUCUCCAAGGCUUUGAUGCAGGUGCUGGAGCUCGACGUGAUGGAUGUGCGCAUCGUGGAGGAGAGGAGCUGCGCCUCCGCCAUAGAAACGAGCUCGGGGUCUGCUCACACUCAGAGGAAACACUUCCUGUACUUCACAGAUGAGAAGGUCUUCUCUGCGCUGAUGGAGAUCUGUCGGACUUUAGGUUACUACGGCAACAUUUACCUUCUGACUGACCACUUCCUGGACCUGUACCGAGAAUCCUCAGCGUACAGGAAGCAGGCUGCCAUGGUGCUGAACGAGAUUGUCAGGGGGGCCGCGGGCAUCGCUGUGACAGCAGGCGUCCGGGGGCUGGAGGACGAGGGUCCGGGUCGCUGUGCCCCGCCCACCCAGGAGGAGCUGAGGGCAGCGGUGGUGUCUGUCAUGGAGGAGUACACCAGUCUGAGCAACUGGCACCUGGUCACCGUCAGCGAGGAGACUGAUGCAGAGCGACAGGAGCAGCAGCUGCUCAGCCCCUCCAGACUCCUCCCCAUAUCCAACAGUGACGGCAGCAUUACAAACACCAACGCUCUCCAAGUGAUUGCUUCCUCCUCCAGCUCUCCCUCGUCCUCCUCUUCCACCUGCACCGUCCGCCAGCUCAACAGCAACAUCUGGCAGCUGUGCAUCCAACUGGAGGGCGUCGCCUGCUUUGCCCAGGCCCUGGGGCGCGACUUCCGUCCCCUGUUGAUGACCUCGCUCUACCCUGUGCUGGAGAAGGCCGGGGACGAGACGCUGCUGGUCAGCCAGGCAGCGCUGGGCUCCAUGUGGGGCAUCAGCGACGCCUGCGGCUACGCCUCUCUGAAGGAUCUGAUCAAUGACAACUCCGAUUACCUGCUCAAUGACGUGUCCCUCAACCUGCAGAGACUCAGCUUGUAUCCACAGGCUCCGCGGGUGCUGUCAGUGAUGCUGGCCCACUCGGACGCCAGCCUGCUGCCUCUGGUGGGGGACAUCGUCCAGGACGUCCUGCUGGCUCUGGAUCUCAGCUACGACAACACAGCUGCUCUCUUCUGCUCCGUGCUGCACGCUCUCAUGAAGGCACUGGUGAGGUGGUUCCCCCCCAGUCCUGGUAAGACUGCCGAGGCCUCCAGAUCCAGGACGUCCUCCACUGAGCAGGAAGUCUUUGACGUCCGCCAGUUUCUGCUGGAAUACCGCAAACAGAAAGAGCUGGCAGAGGGCAUCGGAAUAGAGGAGGAUGACACUGAAGACCCAGUGGUCCCUCCCCAGGUACAGUGUGAUGAGGAUGCUGACGGUCCGGAUGUGAAAGCAGAGCUUCCCUCGCACCUCAGAAUCACUAAAGAUGUUGUGGAGCGCUGCGUCCACCUGCUGUCAGAGCCCAGCCUCCGGCUCCGGCUCAAGGUCUUGGACGUGUUGGAGCUGUGUGUGUGUGUACUGAGUGAGAGGGAGAACGAGCUGCUGCCUAUGGCCCACCGCUGCUGGCCGGCCCUCCUGCAGAGACUGACAGCCGAUGACCCCUUAGCAGUCCUGCGAGCCUUUAGGGUGCUGUGUACGCUGGGUGAGACGUGCGGCGACUUCCUGAGGAGGAGGGUGUCGAAAGAAGUUCUUCCCAAGCUGACCUCGUCUCUGGCCCGCCAGGCUCCGGUCAGCGCCAGGGCCGGACCCGUCUACACACACACACUGGCCUACAAACUGCAGCUGGCUGUCCUGCAGGGGCUUGGCUCACUGUGCCUCAGACUUGACCUGGCCGAGCCGGACCUGGAUGCUGUUUGUGAAACCUGCCUGCCCUACCUGAGCUGCAGACAGCCCGUCAGACUGCAAGAGGCCUGUCUCAGUGUUUUCCGACACCUAAUCCAAGUGGACCCGGAUGCCUUCUGGUUUACACUUAAUGAGCUGCACUGCCCCUUCUCGUACACCCCGCCUCACCCUGACCUUCAGCCUGUGCUCCUGAACGGGAUGGGUCGGCCGAGGGACGAGUACUCGGACAAUGUCCUGAAACUGCUGAGGGAGGAGUUUGGUCAGCCGGCGAGCCAUCCAGACAAAGGACAAGCGGACGAGUGAUGUGAUGGACAAACGUAGGCUGAUUGAGGUACUUGAGGACAAUGAGAGGCCAAUUGGAUUCCGAAAAUGUGAACAUUGUGCUCUACAUUAAGCCAAUCAGAUGCAGCUGUGGUAACCUACAUCCAGCAUAAGGCCCUGAACAGCAGGGGAGCACUAAAGGAAAAUGUCUGCAUAUCAUCCCUGCUGCUCUUCGCUUCCCAGCUGCACUUGUAGAUACCCUGAACAAAUCUGACAGGUCUUCUACAUCAGGAGACAUUAUUAUGCAGCCAAUGUGCUGAUUUUAUUUCAUGUGAAGGCACUGACAAGAAUGGUAUGCAAAUGUUAUAUGUAUGCUACUCUUUUUUUUUUUUUUUUAAUCUUUUUUUCUUAAAAGAAUGCCUUUUUCAACAGCCUUGCUUGUGUGAAUUAUUCAGGCAAAAGCCAGAAUAGUUUUGAAUUUAAAUCAAACCCUUCAUGGGUUUGCUCUGAGCCUAUCACAGCAGCCAUGCUAAUCUCAGCUGUAUCAACCCAGGGUUCAUGACGGCACUGUGGGCAUUAAGAGGUAAAUUCAGCAGUCAGUCAGUCAAAUGCUCAACACUUCACUUCACAUCUAUAUCUACUUAGAUGCUAUCAAACUUUAUCAUAGCUCUUGAGAAGAUCAUUUUCUACAAAUCAUGUCUGGUCUUUACUAGGCGGUACUUAAAGCCACUAUGUGUAGAAUUUAUAUUUGAUUAUAUCAACCCACAGUUCUUUUUGAUAGCGUAACAGUCUGCCUUUAGAAAAAUGAAACCAUCACAGCGAAAAUUGCUUUAGUCUAUUUGUUGCUUUCAGGCUGUUCAUUCCCUGAGCUCCUGGGUGUCAUUUUGGCACUAAAGGUGCUCUGCUGAUGAAUGACAGAAAUGAAGAUCUUCAACCAGACCAGGAGCUAAGAAGUGCAGUUUCACUUGUUGCCAACCUGGAGACUUUUCAAACCCCUGAGAAGUGGCAAUAAUGGUUUCAUAUUAUGGUACCAAAGAUUUUUUACAAUUUUUGCAGUUUUGUGUAAUGGCUUAGUUUAUUCAUGUGGCCAGCGGCCUGUGUAGCUUCUAAGCUAUGCAAGCUAACCCAACCCCAAUAUUCAUCAGUGAUAUACAAUCUCAGUCUUCUCUUUUAGUCCAGAAUAACUGAGCGUCAUCUCAAAUGCACUGCGAGACUGUUGAGAAACUGGUGGGUAUGCUGGGUGAGCCUGUGGUGCAGCAGGUAGGGCUUCAGCGUCGUGUUCAAAGAGGGUACAGCAGAGCAGGGAUCAAACUGCAGCCCGUCCAGUUGGGGGACGACCUCAGUAACCACUGAACCGUCCUGCCACCCACACUGCAUGUCCUCAGGUGUCAAAGCUGGUAGGAAUAAUGUGCCCUAGUUUACAGCUUCUGUCUCCCUGUUGGGCAACUGGACCCGGGUGUCCUGUGACAGGUGGGGAUACUGACCGCCAAACUAACAAGGAGACUACAACUCUUAUCAAGCAUGCUGCCACGGCAUGUUUAAACCCUUCAAAACCCCUCGGUGUAACAGAGCUUUUUAAAUGGGGGAAGCAGGAAGCCCUCUCCGUGAUCAUAGUCACCUCACUGAUGGGCGAACCUGGGGCCCCCCCCACCUUCUGGCACCAUAAUGAAUGUGCGAGCCUUCCAGCUUGGGGAAACAAGAUUGCCACGUGUUUUGUAUUUAGCCGGCCUGGUGUAACGCUAGCGAGCAUAGCGCCUCUUUAUCUCAUCCUGUACUGUUGCUAUUUAUCCUGCUGCCAGCGCUGACAAUAGCGCCAUUAGUCAUCAGCAGGAAUGGGGGCUUUGGCAGCACCUAUUACACACAGGCAACUGCCUAAUAUCGUUUCUCCUCAAUGCACAGGGACAGCCCAACUCAGCCACACAUCUGACCAUUUGCUUUUUAAUCUCACACUACAGGCGACACAGAACCAUUAAAACGUAGAAUAUGAAAAUCUUUAAACCUCUCAACCCCAAAUAAAGCCUCAGAAUUAAUUAAGACCCUCCUGUGCAAUGACUACCCUCAUGAAUAAAAAGAUGUGGAACUUU